AUGGAUUCGGCGGGCUCUAAAACCCGAUUCAUGCCGUUGUACCAAUGGUGUAAAGGGAGGGAGCGUGGAUUACAACCGCGUUUCGGCGAUGCAGACACAAUUCACCGCACCAUCUACCGGUCGCUGGAACCGAAAAAGAUCUGGAAUGAUCCCGGCCGUUUCUCCAGCAUCGUGCGGGACUACGGCGGAACGUACAAUCUGGAAUUCUCGCAUGACGGCUCGCUGCUGGUGGCGGCAUGCGAGAAAAAAUCGAUUGUUUUGUUUGAUCCACUCACGGAGAUACAAAUAUGCGCGGUUAAAAAUGCCCACAACGACAGCGUAAACUGCAUAAAGUUUAUAGAUGAUCGGCUCUUCGCCACCUGCUCCGAUGAUACAACGGUUGCUUUGUGGGACAUCCGUAACCUAAGUAGCAAACUUCGCACCCUGAACGGGCAUACUGGCUGGGUGAAGAACGUAGAGUACUCAAAGCGUGACAGCGUGCUACUAUCGUCCGGGUUCGAUGGGUCGAUCUACGCCUGGGAGAUUAACAAUUGCACUGAAUACGGCUCCGUGUGCCGGCGAGUCCUGCAUACUUCUGGGCUGCUGCGAACACGUUUGACGCCGGAUGAGAAUCGGUUAGUGCUCAGCACGAGCAGCGGAUAUCUGCUGAUCAUUCACGAUCUCGAUCUUGCCAACCUCGCGGGAGAUCUCGACGGGUUUUACCCGAAUGUCUACCGGUUAAUGCAAUUCGGCAGGCAGCUUAUCCCGAUGGCGGCCCGAUUCAGGCACAUGUUUUACAGUAAGCGCAAGAAGAAUCGCGUGGAGCUGGUGACCGACUUUCCAGCCGACAACUCUCCGGAAAUGGUGAGCGGCCUGACGAUUCAUCCGCAGGGCUGGUGCACUCUAAGCCGAAACGUUUCUUGCGACGAAAAAACCGAAUGGUCCGUAGUUCACGAUAUUCAGGAAAUGCCACAAAACGACGAUCUGGAUCAUGAUGAAGAGGAGCUGCUUGAGCGCGAAAACGAACGUCGCGGUGAGGAAGAAACGAAAGACGACAGCGCGGAUGUGGCACCGCGAAUACAGCCAAGCACGAGCGGGUUACGGUUAACCCGAGCCAAUCAUAUGGGCAGCGUGUUUCGUCUCAACGUAACCAUGCGUGAAAUGGUAUCGUCAAACAGUGCAAGCAGGGAACGUCCCGGAGAGGCGAGCACCAGCCGGAGCGCGGCUUCGGAUCGUAAUAAUGAAGCACCAUCCGGGUCCAGCUCCGGUUCACUGCAACAAGAAGUCGAGAACAUGGAGGCUGGUCCAAGCACGCAACCCUCAACGCCCUGGAAUGUGAGCGGACGAAACAGGCGUGGUAGCCGGAUGAUGGGCACGGGACGCAACGCACGCUCCGACAUCUCUAGUACGGACAUCUGGGCAACGGAGGUAAUGUUUCGAGACCGCAAUAAUCUGUCCAAUACGAACGUGCGAAACAACCGAGGUCAAAUUUACGGCAUAGUUUCGGGCGUCAGCUCGUCCCCUAGUACCGGGUACUCGGGUGCCGGCAGGAAACGCGUUUGCAGAAACGUGGCUCGCAAUACGGCUCGCAUGCUUUAUUACAUUCAGGAGUCCAACACAAACCAGGGCUACAUGAAGGAAUCUUGUUUCUCGCCAGACGGUAGAGUCAUUUGUUCGCCGUACGAGAACGGCUUCCGGUUGUUGGCAUUCAAUGAAAACUGUAACGAGCUUCAAUACGCCACCAAUCUGUCGAGCAACGAUGACGCAAAGCAGCUGAUAGAAGUGAAGCGCAAGCAGUGCCACUCGUCGCUGGUCGUUAGUAGCCAGUUUAGUCCUCGCUUUCCUUUACUUGUCACCGGGUGUUUACGGGGGAAAAUAGUCUGGUACCAGCCAGCACUAAAUUGAUGCUUCAUCGUGGCAACACUGUAUUCCCACUGCCUAGCCAAACUGCAUUCGUUCAGGAUGGCAAACCAACAAAUAAUCUAAUCAUCAUCAUUACAAGAUACAAGGACUGCUAGGUAAAGCUGGUUUUAAUGAAAAAAAAAACAAAAACAAAACCCGUCUACAACAAGUUGGAUCGAUCGGAUCGUGGCUAGUACAUUACUAGCAAGCGGAGUGAAACGAAUGAAAGUGUACUAGUGUGUAUCAUUCGCCGUAAAGAAGCAUAAUAAA